CUCGUGCCGAAAAGAGCAACGUGAAUCAGAGCGCAAUGGAACCGCAGACGAACCAGAAAAGAACUAGCUCACGGGAUUUGCUUUCCUGCGGCAAUGGAGGAGGUCUCCACGACAAACUACUCCUGAAAUCUAAAGCAGCAAAGACUGGCGACUCCCUACAGACGACGAAAGUUCCCAGAAGUAGUGUCCUGGACAGGCUGCAGUGCUUUCUGCCACAGAUGGCACAGGCCAACGAGAAACUCACUGAGCAGCUGAAGUCUUCUCCCGCGGGGCACUUCGACAUCGAGUGUGUCAGCGAGUCAGAGAAAGUGAUUGAAAUGGAUGUGGCGCUGGUGGAGCUGGGUAACUCGGACAGUGACACAGAAGGGGAGCUGUCAGAUGACAGCAGCUCGGACUCCGAGUCAGAGGUGGAUGGCGAGGUCACGGAGGAGAACCUCAAACUUCCCGGCAGUCAGAGGAAAGGGAAACCUAGCAUCGAGGUUGUGGAAUCGACAGACGUUUAGCACUCAGCGCAGAGAGAUUUGUGACUUUAACUGCCUUCACGUUUCCCUGAGGAGUGAAAAAGUUCUGCUGGAAAUGGAAGCCACGUCCAGCUUCACAGAUGGGCUUGAGAAUAUGCUGGCUGCUUUGGGGAUCAGAUCCGCUGAACUUGCGCUACAUUUUUAAAAGGGUUCAAGCCUCAUGGCUUGGGCGUUCAGAAAUUUAGCGGUGUCCACAGUGUAUGGGGCACGGAGUGUUGAUCCGUAUAAGACAAGCUUGUGCGCAAGUGACAGCCCCCCCAGCUGCAAGCAUUUUCCCGUCGUCCUCUGUGCUGUCUUUGAUGACCUCAUAAAAACGGGAUCUCAAAGGUCAUGACCCUAUCCUCUCAUUGAGAGUGGCUACGGAAGCAUGAACUCUGAUCAGAUAAGCUUUUAUGAGCUGUGCAUUUUGGUUAAGUUCACUUAACCACUGAACCAGUUUGCUUUUGUGUACUGUCAUGAUUUUUAGAUGGGUAGAGUAACUACCUUUCACCCCGUCUCCGGAGUUUGAACAAUCUUUUUGUCCCUUGUGUGCGACGUUGCAAACCGAAUGCCAUACGCCAGAGUGCCUAUAUGAGAGGACUGUGACAGAGCAUGAAUUUUGACAAAGGGGCUGACAGGUGUGGAAUGCAUUUGGCAGAUUUUGGACACCUGAAAAGUGAUUAACACACUCUCAGCCAUGACCACCAUCAGUGACGAAACAAGCUUGUGAACAUAUUUAACAAUGCAGAAACACAGUACAUUGUCCCUCAUGCUGUGGAUAUAAAUGCUUGAAUAACUGGUGGCCACGUUUCUCACCUUAAUGAGAGCCCCUUUGGAAAUGAGGUGCAAUAAGAUGGUUUCCUCUGUCUGCACAAUCAUUGAGGUGGAUUCUGCUUCAGAGGUUAGGAAUAAGAAUAUAAUUAAUGAAAUUACAUUUGAAAUCCUGUAUCAGCCUUUAAAAAGUGUUAGUUUUGGUUUGGGAUUUCAAAAGAACUCACUGACUGGUCAAAUUUAUGAGGGGCUGAACUAUGUCAAAGCUUGGACUACCCACUCAUUUAAAAUGAACAAAAAGUGAGAGUGUCCUGUCUGUUAAAAAGGUGCUAAUCAGAUGUUGCUAAUGUUAGUGGAGUCAUAAAAAAUGUAUGCUGUUCAUUGAGGAAUGGCCAAUUCCUUUUGCAAGAAGGUGUGUCAGCCCUAUACAAGUUGUCAUGCUAUCUCCAGGAAGCUUGUAGUGUUGUAGUGCUGGAUAUCAGGGAAGAUAAAUGUAUGUUCUCUGUAUUUUUU